GGAAUACUUCCGAUGCUUCCAGCAUGUACAGGUAUAUUAAAGAGGAUUUGUUCACCUCAGAAAUCUAUAAGGUAGAACUUCAGAAUCUCCCCAAAUAUAUUGGCUUUAGCGAAGUCAAGAAGUUCCUUGCCCGAUACGGACUCAACCCGCAUAAGAUAAAACUGAUGGGGAAACAGACCUUCGCUUUUGUCACCUUUAAGAGCGAGGAAGAACGGGACAAAGCGAUGAAAGUUCUCCACGGGGUCCGGUGGAAGAACCGGAACCUGAGUGUCCGCUUGGCCAAACCAAAGGCGGAUCCCAUUUUGAAGAAGAGGAGGAGAGAGGAAGGCGCCGAAGAGGUGUCGGCCAAGCGUCAUUCUUCGUCAAAAGAUGGCGAAGAGGAGUCUCUGAGCAAACAGAUCGCAGACGUGGUGACUCCUUUGUGGGCGAUCCCUUAUGAAGACCAGCUGGUGAAGAAGAAGCAGCAGUGUCAAGAAGUGCUGGCGAAACUGACCAGGGAAGUGGGAAACAACAACCGAGCGCUUCUCCCAUGGCUGUUCCUUCAAAAGGAGAAGCACGAUGGGCUAUGUUGCUCCUUGGAGGGAGUGAAGCCAUCACCCUUACAGACCGAGUACCGCAACAAAUGUGAAUUUUUGAUUGGCUCGGGCCCAAAUCAAGAAGACAAAACGGUCGGCUUCCGCCUGGGCAAAUACAAAGGGGGUUCCUGUGCGGUGGUGGAACCCUUCGACACCAUCCACGUUCCCGCGGCGGCAAAAAAGGUGGUGAGGGCUUUCCAGGACUACAUCCGGUCAACCUCUUAUGGUGUUUAUAGCCCAGAAACUUACGAAGGUCACUGGAAACAGCUAACAGUUCGUACUAGCUUGGAUGGCCAGGUCAUGGCAAUUGCCUAUUUUAACCCACAGAAGUUGAGCCAAGAAGAACGGGCUACAUUGCAAAGCUCUAUGGCUACGUACUUCACCGAAGGUCCCGGGAAAGACAGCGGAAUAACGUCUUUAUAUUUUGUGGAAGAAGGUCAGAGAAAAUCACCAAAUCGAGAAGAUUUAAUUUUGAACAACAUCGCCGGGGAUAAGUACAUACAGGAAAACCUUCUGGGGUUAAAAUUCCGGAUUUCACCCCAUGCUUUUUUCCAGAUAAACACUAAGGCAGCCGAAGUUCUCUAUUCAACCAUUCAGGACUGGGCCGAGAUUAACCAGGAUACGACAGUGCUGGAUGUUUGCUGUGGGACUGGAUCAAUUGGCAUCUCUCUAGCACAGAAAGUGAAGAAAGUUAUCGGAGUGGAACUGUGCGAAGAAGCGGUUGAAGAUGCCAAAGCAAACGCUCAGCUUAACGUCUCCCAUAGCCUUUGUCGAGCACCUUCUCACCGUGUGAAGGGCAGCCCUUUCCGGAUCAUCAAAGCGACCGCGGUGGAUCUUUUCCCCCACACGAUGCAUUGCGAGAUGCUUUUCUUCUUUGAAAGAAUCGAGUAUCCAAACAGCAAGGCGAGUAGUGUCCCUGCGGGCUCGGCGGAGAUUCCAGGUGUGAAGCUGGUGGACGUCCCAGAUGUGAAAUCCCAAGAGGCAACUUCCCUCGAGGCAGACACCGCAGACUCCCUCCCAAAAACAGCGAUGGAGUGUCCCAGUUAGCCAUUCCCAGUCAGCCCAGCACAGAAGGGACUCGUGUUUUACUUCCUGGUCUUAAAAAGGGUCUGCUGCUUCCCCCCUCCCCUUCUCUUCGUUGCCCAGCCAGCUGCUGCUUAAGAUUUGCAAAAAGUACCAAGUUGAAGUAGGUCAAGAGAUUAAGGGGACUGUUAGAAGCAAAGGCUUCAAGAAGGUACAAUUUCAGACUGCGUCCUUUUCUCACAAUGGCAUAUUUUUGAAAUCAUGGAGCAAAUGGGGCGAGUGCCCUGUGUACCAAACAAAUUAAACCCAUUG